AUGCGGGUAACACAUCAUCUGGCGCACUGCCUGCUGAGCGUUUUUCUUGGAGUGAAUCUCGUGGCCUCCACUGCUCUUCCACAAGAUGGUUUCAAUAUGCUCGCCCGUCGAGCAAAUGCGCCGCCACCUCGGGUCUUCAACGACACGGCCCAAUCCGUCUUGAAGAUUGGAAAACAAGCUGCCAGCAUGGAGACAGACUUCAUCAACAACCUCCUCAAGACCGUCACGCCUUCGACGGCGACUUUUGCAAACGCCAUCGAUCCUUACUGGAAACUGCACAACGUCCUCAACGACCUCACCGCACAGCUGGAGCUUUACGACGAUUUGCCUUCAGACGACUUCCCUGGUCUGAGCGAUGCGACUGGAACAGCCCUCGAUGCAUAUGGCAAAGCGUACACGUCCACGUUUACAAAUUCGAGAUUCUUCGAGAUUGUUCAAGCAGUCUAUCAUCAGUACUUUCCUGACCAAAAUCAGAGGCGACAGAGUGGUGUCAAAGACCCUCAGACCUUGGGUAUCGAAGACACUACGAUUUUGAAGCGCACUGUGAAGCUCUUCCGAGAUCGUGGAUAUGGUAUUUCAGUACAGCAGCGCAAACGCCUGGAGCAGAUCGAAUCGCAGCUCGACAGCGUUGGCAGCGAUUUUGCGAAUGCUGUCGGGAACAUCAAAGGCGAUACCCUUCAGUUCACCGCCAAAGAGCUUGACGGCGUGCCGGCUGAUCGACUUGCAAAGCUGCAGAAGGAUAAUGGCGCUAUUAAGAACGGCAUGUACACAGUCAACACCUACCAGGACUUCGACAUCUGCUAUCAAGCAAAGAAUGGAACUACCCGUCAGCUGAUUUAUCUUGGAUCCGACCGUGUCGCACCCGAUAACAUCGACCGAUUGAAACAGCUCGUGUCCCUACGUGCGGAGCAGGCCAACUUGCUUGGGCACAAGAACUACGCCGAGUACGUCCUCCAAAACACCUUGAUCAAGUCUCCCGAGAAUGUCGAGAGCUUCUUCAACAACCUCGCCGACAAGCUUCACCCUUUGAACGAGGAACAAUACAUCAAGCCUUUGAAGAGCUUCAAGCAGAAAGAGACAGGCGACUCGAAAUUCCUCUUUGAGUGGGAUGCAGCACGCUUCGAGGCACAGGCACAAGCUGCGGCAUCAAAGAUGAGGAAGCGAGCCGACCAGCGAGACACUUCGGAAUGGUACGAAGCCGAACAUACGGUAACUGGACUGCUCGACCUGCUCGGCGGAGUGUUCAAUUUCCGCUUCACCCGCAUUGACCCAGCUACCGCCAUCCCCGGCGUGCCAGCAAACCAAAUCGUUUGGAACCCUUCCGUGCUCCUGUUCGCAGUACAUGACGUCAGUGGACAAUGCUUGGGCUACGCUUACAUGGACCUAUACAGCCGAAAGGAUGUUGGCGGAAGGUACCCGGCUCCUUUUGGUGCGAGCUUCGUCAGGGCUGAUGGCACGCCGAAUCCCAUCUCAGUUGCUGCCAAGCUCCUCAUCACGAAAGCCGACAGCGGAGUGACGCUAUUGGAUUCGGAUACUAUUCACGGUGUCAUUCGGGUGAUCGGAAAUGUGUUUGCGACUUUCGCAUCGAGGACCAAAUACAGCGCUUUGAGCACUGCCCGCGGGAUUCCAGCCACAGCAGCAGACGUCUUCAACAUUGUAGAGUCCACUUUUGAAGCGUGGUCUGCUCUCAAGGAAUGGAACUCGAAAACCUCAAACCAGAAACAACCUCCUCAAAAGCUGCCCCAAACGCCCUCCACCGGAGGCCCCACGCCUCUACAAAACGGCCAUAACGUCGCUUUCUCACUAUCGCAAAGCUCCAUGGCCGUUUUCGACCAGUUUCUCUUCACCCAAAGCUACCCAGUAGACACCAAGUCUCUCGACCUCACCUUCAACUACAACACCAUCGGCAAGAAGUUUAAACAGCUCAACCAAAUCGACGACCUCGGCGUCAAGGACACUAGCCAGUGGGACUUCUUCUACACCCAAGAUACGAGCCCGAUCUCCGCUGCGGCGGUCUAUUACACUUACUCGUUCAGUUUUGCUUACGCCGCGGACUUGUUCAGUCCGUUUGAGAAGGAUCCGUUCAAUACCGCGGCAGCACCUCCAUACACUCAGAACUCCAAUUGA